UGUUGCCUACCUCACUUUCUGCCUCUCCGCAUCAUUGAAGGAGGGAGUUUGGCCGCUGCUUACCUCGGUCAGCCUGGUUGGUUUAUUAAUAACGCUUCCGCUCCUGCGUUGCUCCAUCACCUUUCCUCAUUUGUUUUAAUCUGUGUGUCCGACACAAACCAUUGAACUCGAACGCCUCGCCCUGGAUGUAAUGUCGGGGGGGUUGCCAGGCGCGUUUGUUUCCCUUCUGACUGGAAAACAAGGGGGAGACGUUUAAGGACUAAAACACAGCCAGUUAUUCGUGGACGCACCGCAGCGCGCAUCAUGAGGACGCAGCAACCGACAACAAGGGGGGACCUGGCAUAGGCAUCUCUGUCUAGAUGAAGUGCUUCAGCCAUGCAAUGUUCCUGGAAGUCAGUAAUUCUGCUGGCUCUGGCUUCUAUUGCCAUCCAGUACACAGCCAUCCGGACGCUCACCUCCAAGCCUUUCCAGCUGUGCCCACUACCCAGCCCCCAGAACUGUGGUCUUGGGGCUCAGGAGACAGAUCCUUCCUUUGAGCGGGGAACAGCAGGUGGGGCUGGCUGUGAUGACUACCCUUACUUUUCUGUCAAUGCCACCCGUAAACUUCACAUACUGGUCCUGGCCACCACUCGCAGUGGCUCCUCCUUUGUUGGCCAGCUGCUGAACCAGCACCAGGAGAUAUUUUACCUGUUUGAGCCUCUUUAUCAUGUUUAUGCCACGUUGGUCCCACGUCAGUCACACAACCGUAACCCUACAGAUCGCCGCGUGACAUUAGGUGCUAGUCGAGACUUACUGCGCAGCCUGUAUGGUUGCGAUCUCUAUUUCCUAGAGAACUAUAUAAAACCGACACCCACAAACCACACCACGGACAAGCUGUUCCGCCGUGGUGCCAGCCGGGCUUUGUGCCAGCAGCCUGUCUGUGAUGCCUUUGGUCCAGGGGAUGUUAACGUGGAAGAAGGAGACUGUGUGAAGAAAUGCUCAACCUUAAACAUGACUUUAGCAACAGAGGCCUGUCAUGAGAAAAAGCAUGUGGCAAUCAAAGUGGUUCGAGUUCCGGAAAUUGGAGAUCUGCGGGCUUUGGUUGAAGACCCCCGGCUGAAUAUCAAAGUCAUUCAACUUGUGAGAGACCCACGUGGUAUUUUAUCAUCCCGGAUUGAAACAUUCAGGGACCCAUACCGUUUGUGGCGCAUUUGGAGGGCCACAGGGAGAAGGCCCUAUAAUCUAGACAUGAAUCAGCUCACAGUUAUCUGUGAGGACUUCUAUGGUUCAGUUUCAACUGGUCUUAGUCAUCCCCACUGGCUGAAAGGGAAGUACAUGUUGGUUCGAUACGAGGAUUUGGCUCGAAAUCCUCUACUAAAGACUCAGGAGAUUUAUGACUUUCUUGGGCUGCAUAUGGAUAAAAAUGUGAAACACUGGAUACGUGCAAAUACUCGAGGAAGCAAUGAACCUUCAGCAAAACACAAGUUUGGAACAGUAAGGGAUUCAGCAGCUAAUGCAGAGAGUUGGCGUUUGAAACUGUCGUAUGACAUUGUAGAUUUCACACAAACCAUGUGUCAAAAGGUACUAAAGCAGCUGGGAUACAAGGCUGUGAAAUCGGUAGAGGAACUCAAAAAUUUGUCCUUCUCUCUAGUGCAGGACAAAACCUUUGUACCAUUUUUGUAACAAGGAUAGUUCUCUAAUAACUAUUUUUGAUAUAUUUAUAUUGUUGCCUUAUAAGUUCCUCAGUUUGUUUCUUUUCUGAUGUAAUUUUGUUUCAUUAAAUUUGCACUAAAUUUUAAAGAUGUUUGAAUGCACUAAGUGAAAUAUCAAUUAGUCCAGUGAAAAUGAAUAACACAUUUUAAUCACAUUAAACAAGCUACUUUGCAAAAUUCUAAAUAAUUUUUCAAAGAGUGGAUUAAUUUCCAGGCGCUGUCUGUCAUUUUUGUGAAUAAAAAAAAAAUCCUUUCACCUAAAAUUAAACAUUUAUCAGAGAAAGAAGUUGGAAUCAGGAAGGACUCCAUAAGUCAUAAAUGUUUUCUUUUCAAAAGAUGAUAUGACAAACUGUACAAGCUCUACUGUGCAAUAAAUAGUGAAUGUCGCAGUCAACCUUUA